ACAUUGUUGAUAAGUUGGCAUUCGAUGGGGGUUAGUUGUGUGCCGUAUAGUGCAAACGCCGGUUAAAUCGAGUGAAAUAUAUAAAUAUAUAACUUCAGCCAUCACCCAGACAGACAAACUUUAAAUAGAGAGGAGCAAAUUGAUAUCUCUUGAAUAAGCGGCCCACAGACAGGUGACAAAUGUGUGAUAAGAACAAUUCAUAGCCAAUUCCAGAGCAAUGAUUGCCAAAUGUAACAUGGAAAAUGCAUAACUCACUGGCCUCCAAGUUGCUAGUGCGACUACUGUUGCUUUUUGCGCUAGUAACUGUUAUUUCGAUUGUGAUUCUAUCAAAAUGGGGCUUCGAUGAGCUGACCUCGCAGACGGACAAAGAUUCACCGCCAAAUCCCAGCGAGACAAAUGGCUACACCUAUGCACUGAGCUCGCGGGAUGCAGAAAUAGAGCGUCUCAAGCACGAGGUGCUCACGCUACGUGCUCAACUGGUGCUGCUGCAGAGCAAUCGCAGCAACAAUGGGCUGGCAGGCCGGUUGCCCUUGCAAGGCAGCGGUUACUUCUCCUCCUCCGUGUCCGCCUCCUCGUCUGUCAACAACAGCAGCAGCAGCAAUAAUAGUAACUCGCAUCUACAUCAGUCAGACACCACAAUCGCCUCUCUGACGCACCACUAUGACUGUAGCAGCUAUAUACGCAAACAGGUGGGCGCCGCUGAGAUACUGCACGGGCUGCCUCUCAACAAUGAGUAUGAGAUGAUACCCUUCAAUCACUUCACCUUCACGCGCGUCUAUCCCAUUGAUCUGGGCCUGGGCAAACGUGUCGUGGAGAAGCCCAUUGGCUAUAGGCGUCGCGAUCUCUUGGAGGCUGUCAACAAGGCCCUCGAGAGCCUCAAUCGCAAUCAUACGGCGCGUGCCAGAGCCAAAGGACUCCCAGUCAGCGAGCUGGGCCGUUACACGCUGGAUGACUUUGUCGAAGGCAUUUACCGCACGGAGCCCACGACGGGCAGCCAGUACGAGCUGUACUUCCAGAGCAUCAAGCAUCAGACAACUGUUGUGCGCAAAGCGCUCAUCAUGCGACCCUUUGCUCCGCUGCAGACGGUGCAGCUGUCCGAGGUGCCCGCCAGCCCCACUAUACAUGUCAUCGUGCCACUCGCUGGACGCCUGCGCAGCUUUCGCAGCUUUGUGCAGAUGCUGAACAAACUGGCAGAUCAGCGACUGCAUCUCAUCGUCGUCUACUUUGGCGAGGCGGGUCUUAAGGAGGCGCAGCUGAUUGCAGGCGGUGCUAAGCGCGUGCAGCUCGUGGCCUUGAACGAGACAUUCAGCCGGGCCAAGGCCUUGCGACUGGGCGCCGAGCACAUUCAGCCAGAGGCAGCAAAGGCAAUGCAGCAGGAUGCGUUGCUCUUCAUGUGCGAUGUGGACAUUGUGUUCACAGCCAAAUUUCUGGAGCGCUGUCGCUGGAACACGGCGCCCGGCAAGAAGGUCUACUAUCCCGUGGUAUUUAGCCUCUACAAUCCGCACGUUGUCUACACGCUGCAAGGCAAGGCGCUGCCCAGCGAGGAGGAGCAGCUGGUCAUCUCCAGAGAUACGGGCUUCUGGCGUGACUUUGGCUACGGCAUGACCUGUCAAUACCGCUCGGAUUUCCUACAAAUACGCGGCUUUGACGAGGAAAUCGUUGGCUGGGGCGGUGAGGACGUGAUGCUCUAUCGCAAAUACGUUCGAUCGAAAAUUAAGAUCGUAAGGGCAACAGAUCCGGGCAUCUUUCAUCGCUGGCACACAAAGAUCUGCACGGGCUCGCUGAGCGCGGAUCAGUAUCGUGCCUGCAUACGUUCGCGUGCAUUGAAUGAGGCAUCGCAUGCCCAGUUGGGUUUUCUGGCCUUUCGGGACGAGAUUGCCGCCGCAAUGGCCCACUCGUGAUAUCCUUAAGGGCAUUCAGGCCUCUGUCUACCAUAUAGUUAGCCACAAAGUGACAAUAACUUGUAUUUAGCCAAUCGUUGAACUAGCAUAAUUGUUGAAUCUGUUUCUUAGAUGCCUAGACAAUUAACUAAUACUUAAACUUAACUUUACUCUGUAAACGUCUGCGUAAUCGUAUGACGAAUUGUUCUUCCAUGAAGCAAACUAGAUGCAAUCUUAAACAGCAACAACAACAACAACAAAACACAAACAAACGAGAAAUACAAACCAAACAUAUUUAGCAUAUUGUAUCAUAUACCUAUAUAUAUAUAUAUAUACAUAUAAACUGCGUCUGCUCGCAUUAGAUAAACAAAA